AUGGAAGUAGAGGAAGGUGAGCGGUUACCGUUCCUGGGCGUUGAAUCGUUUCGUUCUAAUGGAACGCUGAAAAAAAAUUGUUCAGAAAGAACUUCUAUACUCAAUUUCUGGUCCCAUCACAAUUACAGGAUAAAGAUUGGACUACUGAGGAGCAUGAUCAUCAGGAGCCUACGCCUGACGGAUGCAGAAUUCUGGGUCGAGGAGCUGGAGAACUUGACUGGGAUCUUCCUCGGUAAUGGCUACCUAAGCGAAGUGAUACAAAGAAACAUACGGGCCGUGAAAAGCCGAUGGCAGAACGGGGACUUUGAAAGAACAGUAAGGACGAUGAAAGAUUCACAAAAGUGGAUAUUCCUGCCUUCCUGUGAACUAACCCAAAAUCUACGACCAAUAUUGAGUAAAUGGAAUAUUCAGGUGGCCAUGAAGGAGAAAUCAACACUUUUCACAAGUCUACCAAAUUGGAAUGUUCAGGAAGUUACUGUAUAUCAUGCGGCGGCUGCGGAGAGAAAUAUAUUGGCGAAACGGAGAGAGAAAUUAGCACACGAAUUAAGGAACAUUAGAGGCUAUGCAGGUAAAUGGAUACCAAACAAGGAUCCGUGA